AUGUGGCAAAUGUUUGGUGGCAUUGUAGCCACUGGAGAGAACGCAUGGGCACCUUCGUCUUGUGUUCUUCCAAGUGGGGUUCCUAUGGGAGAUGAUGCACCUAAUGAGGGAUUUGGUGAUUCAGAUGAACAUAGUAACGAGAAUGAAGGUAUUCCUCCUGAUGAGAUUGAGAAAUUGUGUGAAAGUAUGGCUAGUCCAAGGAAGUCAGUAAAUGAAAUUAUUUUUCCUCACUCUCAAUAUACUAUUUCAAAUGCAAUGGAUGCUUUGCAUGCUUUAGGAGAUGAAAUUCCAAAACAAGAUGAACUGUACUAUUUUGCCACCAAAAUGUUCCAAAUACCGGUGAAACGAGAAGUGUUUUUGAACUUAGAUCCAGAUGAUAGGGUUUGGUGGCUUCAACGUGAGUAUGCUGAACAAAAUCCAAUUGCAUCAUUUUCAUCCUUGGUAGCAACAUCCUCAUUUCCCUUCCAACCAUACCAUCAACCACCUUCACCAUAA